AUGUCUGCAACCAAUCAGAUGUCCCCGUCUGACCCUAAAACAGCGUGUGAUGUCAUCACCACAGAGCUUGUCCAGCCGGUGUGUUUACCGGCCGCCGGGCAGGACGUCACCGCUGGAGCCAGGGGUUGGAUCGCUGGCUGGGGACGGACGGAGGAGCAAGGUUCCCUCCCAGACGUGCUGCAGGAGGCGGAGCUUCCUCUGGUGCUCCCUCCUGACUGUAGUGACCGGCUGCAGGAGGACUCAGACUCAGAGAUGAAGGAGGACACUCAGCAGGAGGAGUUUGACAAUGAUUACUUGAGGGAGGUGGAGAAGGAGCUGACAGAGGAGGAGAAAGAGAGUCGCCGACAGCAGAGUUUAACUCUAAAGGAGAAGGGGAACAGCCAGUUCAAAGCUGGAGACUGGGCGGCGGCAGCGCGGAGCUACACGGAGGCCUUGGGUUUCUGUCCGGUCUGCUUCAGCCCAGAGAGAUCGGUGCUGUUCUCCAACAGAGCUGCUGCUAGACUGCACUUGGAGCUGAAGGAAGCUGCGAUCACCGACUGCUCCAGAGCGAUUGAGCUUAACCCAGACUACGUGAGGGCGCUACUGAGGAGGGCAGAGCUGUACGAGCAGACGGAGAAGCUGGACGAGGCCCUGGAGGACUACAAGAAGGUCCUGGACCUGGACCGGAACCAGACCAGCGCCAGACAGGCCUGCAUGAGGCUGCCUCAGCAAAUUCAGGAGAGAAAUGAGAAGCUCAAGGAGGAGAUGCUGAGUAAGCUGAAGGAUCUGGGCAACAUGGUGCUGAGACCGUUCGGCCUCUCCACCAACAACUUCCAGGUAAACCAGGACGCCGGCACCGGCUCGUACUCCAUCAACUUCGUCCAGAACCCCAACAACAACAACAGAUGACAUCACACAGCCAGUGAUGACAUCACAGCCCUGCAGGCGACCCCGUUGCUGAUUGAUUAGCUCUUUGUUUGUGUUGAGUCAACCACAGAGAUUUGUUUUGUAUUGAAACUGUGUGAAUAAAGUUA